AAAAUGUUUUACCCGGCUCAUGUUUAAUGAGAUCUUUUAUGAAUUUGUAUUCAGGGCCGAAACAAAUUGUCAACCAUGUUUACGACAUUAACUAAAGAAGAAACGGCAGAAGAUAGUAGUGCCACAGCAAGUCAUGGCUUAUUGUUGAAAGCUGGUUUUGUACGCCAGUCUUCUUCAGGCAUUUAUUCUAUGCUACCAUUGGGUCUUCGAACGUUAGAAAAGAUUGAAACGAUCAUUGAUCAAGAGUUGAAAGCUAUUGGUAGUCAAAAGUUGUCACUACCGGUAUUACUAUCCGCAGAGAAUUGGAAAAAAUCGGGUCGGUGGAACGCAUCUAAAGGGGAGUUCUUUCGGUUAAAAGAUCGACGAGAUUCCGACAUGUUAUUGUCGCCAACACAUGAAGAAGAAAUCACACAACUUGUUGCAUCAGAACUCAAAUCAGCCAAGCAACUACCUAUACGACUUUAUCAAAUCGGCCGGAAAUACCGUGAUGAAGCUAGACCAAGAGCUGGCCUCUUGCGGGGCCGUGAAUUUGUCAUGAAGGAUCUGUAUACAUUCGAUGCAUCAGUAGAAGAUGCUUAUGCUUCGUAUGAUCUCGUUGCCAAAGCAUAUCAAAACAUUUUUCAACGUAUUGGUGUGCCAUUUGUUGUGGCCGAAGCUGAUAGUGGCAACAUGGGCGGCUCUAAAUCACACGAAUACCAUCUCAUUUCGCCUGCUGGCGAAGACACCUUACUGACCUGCUCCAGCUGUGGUUACACUGCCAACGAAGAACUUGCGAUUGGAAAACUUGAUCAGCAAAAAAAGGUCGACAACGUCGCGAUUGAUAUCAAUGACAACAGCACACCAACAACAGCCGGCAGUAGUAACAACUCGAGCAUUACGCAUCAUCUCGGUUUUGCCGCUUUGGACAAAGAAGGUCAGCAACUGCAUAGUGGCAAAAUAGCGGUUGUCAGCAGUCCUGGUCGUGCCAUCAACAACGUCAAAAUCGAAAAAACGUUGCGCAAAUAUUUCGAAGAACAAGAAAUUAUGCCUACAGAUGGUAUGCUCGACUUGACUUACACAUCCCAAAACAACAAUAACACGAACGAUGGACCAAACCAUGUAUUUAUUGACGAUUCAGUCCAAAGCUAUACGGUAUCCGGAGGUCAAUUGAUUAUGCACGGACCUGACCAUUUCCGCACGGCCGCUGCAGGCGACACGUGUGCAUCCUGUUCUAGCGGAAACGCUUUGACCACAGUCAAAGCCAUUGAAGUCGGUCACACAUUUUACCUUGGCACAAAAUAUUCGAGUACACUUGGUUGUGACUUUUUGCCUAUUAGCACCCAUGAUCGGCAUAAACAACUCCAACAACAAAAGCAACCUGCCGAAAUGGGAUGCUAUGGUAUCGGCAUCUCACGUAUGGUGGCGACUGCAGCAGAAGUAUGUCACGAUGAUCGAGGCAUUGUUUGGCCGGGAAGCAUCGCGCCUUAUCGCGUCUGCAUCGUACCUACCAGUAACAAUAAUCAAGACCUAUUAAAUCUGGCGGAAACAAUCUAUGACUCACUCGAAGAUACCGCGUUCAAAGUCAAGGGCCGUGGUUCAAGUGUGUUUUAUAACGACGUGGUGAUUGAUGAUCGCAAACAGAUGUUUGGUGCCAAAAUGGCAGAUGCUGAACUUAUCGGAUAUCCGUUUAUUGUCGUGUUGGGCAAGAACGCGCUUCAGACGCGAACAGUCGAGGUCAAUCAACGCGUACAAGGUGAAGCUAAUGUUAAGAGCAAGAUUCCUAUUGAGGAGCUGGGACGAUGGUUGUUUGAACGCCAAGUUAUUUAAGAUGUAUGACUAUGUACUAUAUAUAUAGCCUAGCCCUACUUAUUAUAAUCUUACUAUAGAACCAUUAUACAGAUUUAAUUAUACGCAUGUGUACGAAUAUAAGCGACAAAAGGCACAUUUUGUAUUAGAAGAGCAUUGAUCCCCCUUCAAUCUAGCCCUUUCCCCAAGCUCAAAUAGUUGACAGGGUCAGAAGCAUGUCACAUAGUAAUGAUAAUAAUAAAGCAAGUUGCAUCUUUCUGAUCGAC